UGAGUGCGGAUGGUGCCGGCCGCUGCAGGUGACAGAGGCGCAGCGAGGGCCGCCGCGGCCCUGUGGAGAUGAAGAAAUUGAGGCACAGAGAUUAAUCUGAACGAGAUAAUACCUUAAGUGGUAGAAUCAGGAUGCAAACUUGGACAGUCUGGCUCCAGAAUCUGCAGUCUUAACCGCUACACUACCGUGGUUCUUCAAUAAGUUCCAAAAGAUGAGUCGUGGAUGUUCAGAAAACAACAAUUUCCUGAACAAUAACAAUCAAAUGGUGUUGGACAUGAUCCUUUAUCCAUUAAUUGGAAUCCCUGAAACCAUCAACUGGGAAACUGUGGCAAGGCUGGUGCCUGGAUUAACACCCAAAGAGUGUGCCAAAAGGUUUGAUGAACUGAAGAGCAGUGGAAGCUCACCUGUUGACAAUCAGUAUACUCCCCUAAUGGCUGCUGGAGAAAGUCCUGUUGAAACUUUAGCCACAUAUAUCAAAUCCUCACUUCUUCACGCACACGGAGAUUUUCAGGAGACUCCAGUUGGUCAGGAUGCAGUUUCCAAAACAGGAAGACAUAGUAUAGCUUCCACAAGGAAUUGUGCUUCAGAAAGUGAAAAUUGUACUACUCGUAAUGGUGGAGAAAAGACUGAAGAAUCUGAAGGAAUUGCUGUUUACAGCAGUAUCAAAAUAUUUCUAAACGCUAUUAAGCCAGGAAAUGUCAUUUCAAUUCUUAUUUCUUCUGAGUUUUUGAAAAUGGAUUCAUUAGUUGAACAAUGUAUUCAGUAUUGCCACAAAAAUAUGAAUGCCAUAGUAGCUACCCCAUGCAACAUGAACUGUAUUAAUGCAAAUCUUCUUACACGUAUAGCUGAUUUGUUCACACACAAUGAAGUUGAUGAGUUAAAGGACAAAAAAGAUAAAUUUAGGAGUAAACUUUUUUGUAAGAAGAUUGAGAGACUGUUUGAUCCUGAGUACUUGAAUCCAGAUUCUCGGAGUAAUGCAGCAACAUUAUAUAGAUGCUGUUUGUGUAAGAAACUUUUAACAAAAGAAACAGAAAGAAGAAUUCCUUGCAUUCCUGGAAAAAUUAAUGUAGAUCGACAUGGAAAUAUUAUCUAUAUACACAUAAGAGAUAAAACUUGGGAUGUUCAUGAGUAUUUGAACAGUCUUUUUGAAGAAUUAAAAUCUUGGAGGGAUGUAUAUUGGCGUUUGUGGGGAACGAUCAACUGGCUGACUUGUUCAAGAUGUUAUCAGGCUUUUCUCUGUAUUGAAUUUUCGCAUUGUCAGUACCACUCAGAAACAGUAGUUUACCCUACCACAGCAAGUUCAUUGAGUACUGUUGGCACUGGAAUUUAUCCCUGCUGUAACCAAAAGGUUCUUCGGUUUGAUCCCACUCAGCUUACAAAGGGCUGUAAAGUGAGAGACCAUGUGGUUGCUCUUCGUGGUCAAGGUGAAGGUGCAGAUUUACUAUCCUGUUCAAUUACUAGAAUACUGGACGAUCUGCAAAAGCACAAAGAUGUCAUUGUUGUUCCUUUUUCUAAAGAUACAGUUAGUGAUCUCGGGGUUGGCCCCUGUGAUGAAAAGGGUCUAGAAUGUGAUGUUUUACUGGAGCCAAAUACACCAUGGGGCCCCAAAACUGGGGAGCUCAAUGCUUUCUUGUCACUGAAGAACUGGACUCUGCAACUGAAACAACAGUCAUUAUUUUCAGAAGAAGAAGAAUAUACCACCGGAUCUGAGGUCACUGAAGAUGAAGUUGGAGAUGAAGAAGAAGUAUCCAAGAAGCAAAGGAAAAAGGAGAAGCCAAAAAAGUUCACUAAGCAACCAAAAAAGCAGACGUCUUCACCCUGUGCUCAGAAGAAAGAAAAGGCAUUGGAGAAGUCAGCUUCUAGAGAUGUGUCUCCUUUCAUUGUGAGUAUGCAGAAGAAUAAGUGGGAUGCCACAAGAUCCUUGAGAUUCAACCAGGAUGCACAAAGAGAAGAUGAUCAGCGGCGGAUGUCUGAAAUUACAGGGCACCUAAUAAAAAUGAGAUUGGGUGAUCUGGACCGAAUCAAGUCAAAGGAAGUAAAAGAAGUAAGAAUUGCAUACUAG